AUGGAUACUAAGGUUGAACUAUUGCGUCAAUUCGUGAAUGUUUGCAAAAGUAAUCCGGCAAUUUUGUAUGAGCCAAAAUUCAAAUUCUACAGAGAUUAUCUUGAAAGUCUUGGUGCAAAACUCCCACCGCCACCAAAAGAACCAAGUGAAACAAAAUCAUCCAAGCCAGCUGAUAACAGUGAAGAACUGCCAAAAAACGAGGAAAAUGUGGAGCCAGAAGAGGAGUUAGAAUUGGACAUGUCGGGGGUAAUAAAGGGCGAAGAAGAUGAACCGCUUCCAAUGGGUGAUAAUAAUAAAGAGAUAACUGAGGAGGAUAUGGAAAAGGCAACUGAACAACGGAUGCUUGCUAUAAAUGCAUUUAACGAAGGAGAUUUUGAGAAAGCUGUGGUGCAUUUUAGCAAAGCCAUCGAAUUAAACCCAGGACUGGCUGUUUUGCAUGCGAAGAGGGCAAACGCUCUUCUGAAGUUGAAUAAGCCAAAUGGUGCAAUUCGCGAUUGUGAUAAAGCAAUUUCAUUGAAUGCAGACUCGGCACAAAGUUAUAAAAUUCGUGGACGAGCUCACAGAUUACUGGGCAAUUUCGUGGAAGCGCACCGUGAUUUAGCUAUGGCAUGUAAAUUAGAUUACGAUGAUGAGGCAAAUGUUUGGCUUAAAGAAGUCGAACCAAACAAUGUCAUUAUUACCCGAUAUGCUACAUAA